AUGCCUUCCAAAUCGGAAGCAGACACCUUACUGGAAGAUUUGCCUCCUGCCCUUAAUGCUCACAUCGUGCGAUACAAUGUGAAGAAGUUCUCUGGAGGGAGAGAGGAUCUUCUGCCUGAUGACAUCGACGAUCCGGAGCUGUUGCUGCGAGCCGCGGUACGGAGGUUUCAGAACGAGUGCAGCGCAGCCAAAAGCCAGCAGUAUCGGUCAGAUGCAGAGGCGGAGAAGCUGAGAAAGCAAGUGGAAAUCUUGGAGGAGGCACAAGCCUUGGCAAAAGAGAAGGAGGCUAAGUUCGCCAAUCCUGAAAGGAAGCUUGCAAAGGCAGCGCAGUCCGAACUCUUCAACGAGCGGAUGACGAUCAGACGCUUGCAGAAAGAGCUCAGGAUGGUCAAGGAUAUGCUGAAGGAGUCAGAGGACACCUUCACCCAGCUUUUCGAAGAACUGGUGACAACGAGGCGCCACGACCAGGAACUUGAGGCGCAACAAAACGGCCUCGAGAACAAGGCAAGGAUGUCCAUAGUGGCCCUUGCAGAGGAAAGAAAAAAGGUUCAUGAGAAGACCGAAAUCGCAAAGUCGCUCAAGGCGCGCGUGCAGGAACUGGAGGCGAAUGAAGGAGAUGUCCACAGAAAGAAAGCGAUAGCUGAGAGGAGAAUCGUGGUGCUGGACCGCGACGUUGCGCAGCUGCAGCAGGACGUGAAGCGGGUUGAAGCCAAAUACCAGGAAAGUGUGGAGACCACCUUGAUUCUGGAGGAAAGGUGCCGCGAAGAAGAGGCCAAGCUCAAGGAGGAAAGGGCCAAAGUGGAGGUGCUGACUGCGCAGGUUGCCGAAGAGAAGAAGUGGAGUGCCAUUCUGAAGCAGGACCUGGCCAAGGCACAUGCUGAGAUCGAGGGCAUCACAGACGAGAAGCAUUCACUCUUUAAGGAAAACAAGAGCCUUGACAAGAAAGGCAUCAUCGAGGGCAAACGAGCUCGCGAAGCUGAAGCGGAGGCGAAGAAGGUGCGAGAGCUGCUCGUAGACUCUUCGUCCAAUCUAGUCAUGACCACACACGAACUUGGCGAUGAGAAGCAGAGGGUUGGAGAAUUGGAACGUGAGCUUGAGGAGACUCGCAAGACACUGAAGGAAUACCAGGAGCUGGCAGCAACGCGCAAGGGCAUUUUGGAGGGCGUGGAGAAGGAAGUUGUUGAGCUGAACAAUCAGCUGAAGGAAGCGGAGGCCAGGGAGUAUUCGUUGACUCGCGAGCUCAAGAAAGUGAAGAUCUCGCUGUCACAGUCAAUGGACAGAGAGAAGGAUGCUGAUGCGGAGGUUGUUCGGGUUGCCAGCUCGCACUGUUGCUCUGUUCACCACGACUUUCCGCCACAGGUCUUCAGUGGCUACGGGGUCUUCAUGAAUGAGAUGUGGCCACAAGCUCUGGCAGCGUUACCCCAGCUGGAGCGCGAGAAGAUGAGCAACGAGGACCUCACCAUGAGGUUGAAGACCGAGUGGGAUCGGCUCUCAGGUGCUGACAAGCACGCCUUCCAACUGCGUGUUCCUGCUGGGGCGGUGUUGGAUCUGGCAGGUAGCCCCGCAGAGGUUCCGUAUUGCCAGACGCGGCCAGAUGACGAGGCCUCCGACUCGGACGCCGAUGAGGCUGCGAAGGUGACAAGUGUGGCGAGACCUAUACCCUACUUGGAGCGAGAUCCACUGCACUGUGCGUCAAAGCAGCAGUCACCGUCUCAUCAUAAAGCCAGCGACAAUGUUGCUGGCAGUGAUGUGGAUGCACGUGACUUGCCUUUUGCACCGCGCACGGGGAGGUAA